AUAAUGAUAAAUUAGUCAAGUUAUCUUUCAAGUUUAUCUCCAACCGUUACUAUUAUAUUUUGUUUAUUAAAAACUUUCAUAUAUAUCAGCACCGUACUAGAGAUAUUUUCCUUUUUAUUUGCAACAAAUAUUAAUAUCGUUCCAAAACGAAAGCGAAACAACCUUAGCUCUAGCUAGCUAUAGAUAGGGUUUACAAGCAAUCGUCUCCAGCCGGCAUGAAAUCACGUCGGAGAAACGUCCCUGAGGGCCAUAAUACAAUCGUUGAUCAAUGCCAGUCACGAACAUGCACCGAAGAAUACUCAGAGACAAUCCCACAUGAUCUCAUAAUCGAGAUAGUUUCGAGAUUACCGACGAAAUCGGUGGCGAGAUGUCGUUGCGUAUCCAAGCUCUGGUCAUCCUUACUCGUCCAUCCAUAUUUCACGGAAACCUACUUGACAAGAUCAUCGGCUAGCCCGAAGAUCUUAUUCGCCUGCGUAAAAGACGGCAAGGUAUCCUUCUACACCUCACCUCAGCCUGAUGAUGACAAGGCGUCGUCUCCUAUAACAGCCACUUAUCAUAUGAACUUCACCUUUGACCAUGUUAUUGAUAUAUACAGUCCUAUGAGUGGUUUGGUCUGUAUCAGAGAUGGUCGGAUCUUAAAAGGUAGGAAAACUGCAGCCAUGGUGUGGGAGAUAUGCAACCCUAGCACCGGACAAUCCGUUAUUUUACCCAAAAUGAAGUCAAGGAAGUGGACUGGUGCGACAAGCUUUUUCGGUUAUGAUCCCACUGAAAAUCAGUUCAAAGUAUUGUCAAUGUUCACUGACAAUGACUUCUCUAGCGAGCAUCAAGUUCUAACACUAUCAACAACUGGGAAACUGUCAGUGAGAAUUGUCGAAUGUGGCAUACCCCACUGUCCUCUAUCUGAUGGUAUAUGCAUCAAUGGUGUUCUGUACUACAAAUCUUCCACCGAAAAACGGGUCCGUGGAAUAAUGUGCUUUGAUGUCAGGUCCGAGACGUUCAGAUUUGUUAAAGUCAUGGAACCUUUCAUCGGAGCAGUGCAUCCUCAAACAACUCUGGUAAACUACAAGGGUAAACUGGCUUCAGUUAUGUCGGGAUGGUCGUAUAACUUUAUUGGUGAAACAUGUACAAGUUUUGUCAUGUAUGUUGUACAAGACCUGGAAAAACAGGAAUGGUCCAAGCAUAAUUACAAAUUUGCUCCUGGGCUGAUUGAUGGAUUCUUUGCUGGAGUGACUGUUGCAGGUGAGUUAGUGUUGUCGCCAAAGUUCCCAUCAACUCCUUUUUAUGUUUUUUACUGCAGUCUUGAGAGGAAAUCUAUAAGAAGAGUUGAGAUCCAAGGAAUGGGAGGGUUCAAACAAGUUUAUACAUUUGUAAACCAUGUGGAGGAUGUGAAACUUAUGCGAACGGUUUAGGACAAGUCUGGCUAUUCU